AUGCGACUCAAAGAUUUCAACUGCGUGUUGGCGCUGCUCAUCAGUCUGGGAGGUCGUGAGAACACAGUUGGCGUAAGCGGCCUUCUUCUGGGGGGUGCUCUCAAGGGCGGAGCGUGUAACUUUGACCUGGUCGCCAAAUUCGUGCUCAAAACCUUUCCCUAUCGCAACCUCUAUGGCGGGGUCAUGGUAUUCCCUUGGGCACAGAAGAAUGCCAUCGUUCAGAAGUUUGUGGAGAUAAUUGAUGGCAACACCAGCGGGCACCCCGAAGAUACUGGGUUCGCAGCUGCUGCGUGUCUAAGUGGUGGGAAGAGGAUAUCUUUCGUUGUUGCUAACAUCGAGGGGCAAUCCAAUUCAACGGCUUUCGCGGGACUUGAAGUUCUGCCUCCCGUGGUCGACGUGCGGGCAAACCUCCCAGUGACCAGCAUUGCUGCCCAAAUCACAUCGCCGAGUGGCGAGUACCAGGUUUGGAGCACUCUGACUUUUCACAACAAACUUGGCAUGGGCUGCAAGAUACUAUCAUCAUUCGACGCCGUUAUUGAAGAUAUUCAGGACCAGGUCCAGGAUGGCGACGACUUCAGAAUCGUCUACCUCCUAACGCCGUUUCCGACCCUGGCCUCAAACUACGGCGGCAAUGUUCUUGGUCUUAACGAAAUCCACAAGAAGAACUCUAUCGUUCUCAGCAUCCAAGGAAUUUUACCUAACAUGAAAAGUGUUGGGCUAUCGAGACAGAGGCUGAAAGAAGCGACUGCAGACAUCGAGGCUUAUGCUAUAGCUACUGGCCAACUGAUCACCUACCUAUAUCUCAACUACGCGGAUCAAGAUCAGAGACCAUUGGCGACGUAUGGUGAAGAAAACAUUCGGUUCCUGAAAAGAGUUGCGGAGAAGUAUGAUCCCGGACAGUUCUUUCAGUACAGCGUGCCGGGAGGAUUUAGGCCUAAGGAUGUAUGA